GUGAAAAUGACUGUCUCUCUGCAUGUUUUAAUUUUGAUGAUUACUUUGGCUAUAUAUGGAUUACGAUCAUUUCAAACCUGCCCUGAAUUCUGUAGCACAUCUUGCAAUCAAACUUCCGGCAUAUGUAACCAAGGUUGUAGAACAAAUGCAUGGGGCCUUUACUGUGAAAGAAAAUGUCCGGAUCUUUGUUAUGGUAGCACGUGUUCUCAGUCUAAUGGAUCCUGUUUGUAUUGUCCUAGUGGGCGAUGGGGGAAACAUUGCGAAAACUAUUGUUCUGUUUUCUGCUCCAAAUUAUCUUGUGAUGACAAAGGCGGGUGUAUAAAUGGUUGUACAAAUGGACGAUACGGCAUUUCCUGUCUUGAAAAAUGUAGUCCUGGCUGUUUUGGAGAUUUGUGUUACCAGAAAGACGGAACCUGCGUCAAUGGCUGCAAGGAACAUUAUCAUGGCCUCAAAUGUGAAAAAAGGAACAAUUCAAAUUGUCAGCAACCGACGUGUAGAAAUCAGAGUGAUGCCGGUGGUAUUUGUUGUGCUGGUUUCUUUGGUGAAUUAUGCUCUAAAAUCUGUAGCCCUUACUGUUUAAAUAAUGUCUGUGAUUCAAAAGAUGGUAAUUGCACACAGGGUUGUAAAUCUGAAUGGACAGGAAAGAAAUGUGACGGAACAAUUCGUUUGCAGACCCAUCCUCAAACACUUUUUCAAGUUCUGCUAUGCAAGCAACAAUGGUUUCAAUUCCUGGAGCGGAUGAACUAACAAGUCCUGUUGGUUCUCGGAUUCAGACAGAUAUAGAGACCCCAGAUGGACUAAGUGGGGAAAGCCAAUCAAUUGGUUACACUGAAGUUACCGGAAUACCAGAGACUGUCGAUUCUUAUUCUUACGCUUAUGUAAAUGAAAUACAAUAAAGGUGGCUGUAAAAAUGAAUAUCGACAUAAUUUUAUAACAUUAAUAAAACACGAGCUUCUUGGAUGUAAUAAGCUUUUAUGCAAUAAGGCUACCUAAAUACUGAUUACGUUUGAAUAAAGACAAAGAUAAAUAUUAUUAGAAAUGCAUAUGAAAAAUUGCUAAAAAUAUUCUUCUCAAGGUCAUUUUAAAUCAUACUAGUAUUUGUAAUGAAAAACCCUGAGAAGUGUCGUUCAAAAAUUAAUGCCACAUACAAUCAUGGAAGCAUUCAAAAGCUUAGUUUAAAAAAUCCCAUCGCGAAU